CUGUGCAAUGAUAAACCUGUCCACCCCAUACUUUUACAUCUCUUGCAAUUUCUAUUAGUGUAUCUGUCUUUGGAAGUAGUAAAUCCUUCCAAUCCUGACCGUGGCUAUUUUUCAAUCAGCCAAGGGCCUUCAGCUUGCUCCAAGUGUCUACACAGUUCUUAACUCAAAUCGGAUGCAUUUGUGAUUUUUCAACAGUCGUCAGCUGUACCUAAUUCUUCCCGCCCGGGCCCGCGUCCGCGUACACUUCCUCUCGGGGCCGGCAGGAGGCGCCCGCGGCGGCCGAGGCGCUGCGCGCACCCGCGGGAGCCGGGCCAGGGGGCGGGGGGAGAGGAGAGGAGGAGCUGGAGGGGGCGCGGCUUGCUCCCCGUCCCUCCCGGGCGCCGGGCCUCCUUCUCCGCCGGGCCCAGCGCUGGCGGCCGGCGGGGGUCGCGGCGGCGGCGCUGGCGGGCCGCGGGCGCGGGGGCCUGGCUCAGGCUCCGGGUGUUAGGAGACAAGAUGGCGCCGGCGCUCUGGAGGCCGGUCUCCUCCUCUUCGCUCUCCUCCGCCCCGCCGCUCGCCGCCUCCUCCUCGAUCUCCUCCUACUCGUUUGCAGCCGCCUCCUCCUCCCGCAGCAGCCCUAGCGACCGCCGCAGCGCCGGCCGGCUCUCCCGGAGCUCCGGAGGGGGGUAGACGGGGCAGCUGCGCUCCGGCGACCGAGGCAGAGCUGGGGCCGGGGCGGGGGCGGCGGCGGCGGCGGCGGCGGCGGCGGCGCCGGGUGGGGAUGGGGUCGCAGACGCUGCAGAUCCUCCGGCAGGGGGUGUGGGCCGCGCUCAGCGGGGGCUGGUACUACGACCCGCACCAGGCCACCUUCGUGAACGCGCUGCACCUCUACCUGUGGCUCUUUCUGCUCGGCCUGCCCUUCACCCUCUACAUGGCCCUUCCUUCUUCCAUGAUUAUAGUAGCAGUUUAUUGUCCUGUGAUAGCCACUGUUUUCAUUGUUCUGAAGAUGGUCAACUAUCGACUCCACAGAGCACUUGAUGCUGGGGAAGUUGUAGAUAGGAACGCAAAUGAGUUCACAGAUCAAAGAGCCAAGGCUGAGCAAGGCAACUGUUCAACUAGGAGAAAAGACAGCAAUGGACCAAGUGAUCCUGGUGGAGGAAUUGAAAUGUCUGAGUUCAUCCGAGAGGCCACACCCCCAGUUGGCUGCAGUUCCAGAAAUUCUUAUGCUGGCCUAGAUCCAAGUAACCAGAUUGGAUCUGGUUCCUCUCGUCUUGGAACAGCAGCAACUAUUAAAGGAGAUACAGACACAGCUAAGACUUCUGAUGACAUCAGUUUAAGUCUGGGCCAAAGCUCUAGUCUUUGUAAGGAAGGAAGUGAAGAACAAGAUUUGGCAACUGAUCGGAAGCUCUUCCGUCUGGUCUCCAAUGAUUCCUUCAUUUCCAUUCAGCCAUCUUUAUCCUCUUGUGGACAGGACUUACCAAGGGACUUCAGUGACAAAGUGAGCCUACCAAGUCACAGCCACCACCACCAUGUUGAUCAGUCUCUAUCUAGCGCCUGUGACACGGAAGUAGCUUCUCUUGUUCCUUUACAUUCACACUCUUACAGGAAAGAUCACCGGCCACGUGGUGUACCACGGACUUCUAGCUCUGCUGUGGCUUUUCCAGACACUUCACUGAAUGACUUUCCACUGUAUCAGCAAAGACGUGGGUUAGAUCCAGUUAGCGAGUUAGAAUCUUCCAAGCCUCAUUCUGGAUCCAAAGAAUCCUUGGUGGAAAAUUCUUGUUUAUCUGGGGAAUUUCAGCUUGUUGGUGAGCUGAAAAACAGUAACUCUCAGCCACCUACAAAAAGUGGGAAGAGCAAACCUUUGAAAGCAGACAAAAGCGUGGACAGCUUGAGGAGCCUGAGCACGCGGAGUAGUGAGUCCACCGAGAGCUACUGCAGUGGCACGGACCGCGACACCAACAGCACCGUUAGCAGCUAUAAAAGUGAACAGACCAGCUCGACUCACAUAGAGAGCGUCUUGUCAGAGCACGAGGAGUCUCCUAAGGCAGGAAAGAAGAGUGGGAGGGAAGAAGAGGGCUGUGCUGACCCAGGGGACAAGAGUAGCUGUACCGGUGACAACAGGACUAGCAGUGAGAAGGCUGCUCUGGAAGUGAGUACAAACAGUGGGGUUCAAGAGGCCCCGGAGUCUAACAGCCCUGGCGAUGUGCAUGAUCUGCAAGGCCUCAGCACCUCUGCGUCUGAAGAAGCUAAUAAAAAUCCCCAUGCCAAUGAACUUACCUCACAGGAGGACAAAUCACUUGGGAAAACUGCCGAAAACAAAAAAGAGGAGCAAAGUGAUAAGUCAGUUGUUUCAGUGGACCCCAAAGUUGGUAAAGACGUUGGUGGAAAGCAAAAGGAAGGGGAUGUGCGUCCUAAAUCCUCUAGCUUAAUCCACCGGACAGCCUCUGCCCAUAAGUCAGGCAAGAGACGGACAGGAAAAAAACGGGCUAGCAGUUUUGAUUCAAGUCGGCAUAGGGACUACGUGUCCUUCCGAGGUGUUUCCGGUACCAAGCCUCACAGUGCUAUAUUCUGUCAUGAUGAGGACUCCAGCGACCAAAGUGACUUGAGUAGAGCAUCAAGUGUUCAGUCUGCUCACCAGUUCAGCAGUGAUAGCUCUUCUAGUGCCACUUCUCAUUCGCGUCAGUCUCCUGAGGGCAGAUACAGUGCUCUAAAGACCAAACACAUUCCUAAAGAAAGGGGCACUGACUCGGAGCAUGCACACAAGGCCCGUUUGGGUCCUGAAGGAACUAGCAAAAAGCGGACAACACGUCGGACUUCCAGCACAAAUAGUGCCAAGACUCGGGCCCGAGUGUUGAGCCUGGACAGUGGCACAGUAGCGUGCUUGAGUGACUCCAGUAGGCUAAUGGCACCCGAAAGUAUAAAACCUUUAACCACUUCAAAAUCAGAUCUCGAGGCCAAAGAGGGAGAGGUGCUAGAUGAGCUAUCUUUAUUGGGACGAGCUUCCCAGUUAGAGACAGUCACUCGAUCUAGGAAUAGCUUGCCAAGCCAGGUUGCAUUUGCUGAAGGUGAAGAGCAAGAUCCAGUCAGUGGAGUCUGUCUAGAUGCAGCAGCACAGGCCAGCGAGGAGGCAGUGUCAUUUCGCCGUGAACGCAGCACAUUUAGGCGCCAGGCAGUUCGGCGCCGGCACAAUGCAGGGAGUAACCCUACCCCUCCUACAUUGCUCAUCGGAUCACCCCUAAGCCUUCAAGAUGGUCAGCAAGGCCAGCAGUCCACAGCCCAGGUCAAAGUCCAGUCCCGCCCCCCUUCCCAGGCUGCAGUGCUCAGUGCUAGUGCCUCCUUGCUGGUGAGAAAUGGGAGUGUCCACUUAGAAGCGUCACAUGACGAUGCAUCUGCUGUAGGCGGCAGCAGUUUGCACGAUGAACUUGGUAAGUUCUCUUCUACACUUUAUGAGACUGGUGGCUGUGAUAUGUCACUUGUGAAUUUUGAACCAGCAGCAAGAAGAGCAUCCAAUAUCUGUGACACGGAUUCUCAUGUAUCCAGUUCUACCUCAGUUCGAUUUUAUCCACAUGAUGUGCUCUCUCUUCCACAGAUUCGAUUGAACAGACUGUUGACCAUUGAUACUGAUUUGUUGGAGCAACAAGACAUUGAUCUAAGCCCUGACUUGGCAGCUACUUAUGGCCCAACAGAAGAAGCUGCCCAAAAGGUUAAACACUAUUACCGUUUUUGGAUCCUGCCCCAGCUAUGGAUCGGAAUUAACUUUGACAGACUCACACUUUUGGCUCUGUUUGAUAGAAAUCGGGAAAUCCUGGAAAAUGUGUUAGCUGUCAUCCUGGCUAUUCUUGUGGCUUUUUUGGGAUCUGUUCUUCUCAUACAAGGCUUCUUCAGAGAUAUCUGGGUCUUCCAGUUCUGCCUGGUGAUAGCCAGCUGUCAGUACUCACUACUUAAGAGUGUUCAACCAGAUUCUUCUUCUCCCAGACAUGGUCAUAAUCGUAUCAUUGCCUACAGCAGACCAGUUUAUUUCUGUUUAUGUUGUGGUCUUAUUUGGCUCUUGGAUUAUGGUAGCAGAAAUCUUACUACAAUCAAGUUCAAACUGUAUGGAAUAACUUUCACCAAUCCGCUGGUGCUUAUAUCUGCCAGGGAUUUAGUUAUAGUGUUUACACUCUGCUUCCCAGUAGUGUUUUUCAUUGGUCUCCUGCCUCAGGUGAAUACGUUUGUAAUGUACCUUUGUGAACAAUUGGAUAUUCAUAUCUUUGGUGGUAAUGCCACCACCAGCCUGCUUGCAGCACUUUACAGUUUUAUCUGUAGCAUUGUAGCAGUAGCCUUACUGUAUGGAUUGUGUUAUGGAGCUCUAAAGGAUUCUUGGGAUGGCCAGCAUGUCCCAGUCCUUUUCUCCAUUUUUUGCGGUUUAUUAGUGGCAGUAUCCUACCACCUCAGCCGACAAAGCAGUGACCCCUCUGUACUUCUCUCUUUAAUGCAAUCCAAAAUUUUCCCAAAAACAGAAGAGAAAAAUCCUGAAGACCCUCUGUCUGAAGUAAAAGAUCCACUGCCUGAAAAACUUAGAAAUUCUGUUAGUGAGCGUUUACAGUCUGAUCUAGUAGUAUGCAUUGUAAUUGGUGUGCUGUAUUUUGCCAUUCAUGUAAGCACAGUGUUCACAGUAUUGCAGCCAGCUCUCAAGUAUGUGUUGUAUGCAUUGGUCGGCUUCCUGGGUUUUGUAACCCAUUAUGUGCUGCCGCAAGUCAGAAAACAGCUACCGUGGCAUUGUUUCUCUCUCCCUCUGCUGAAGACAAUGGAAUAUAAUCAGUAUGAAGUUCGAAAUGCUGCCACUAUGAUGUGGUUUGAGAAAUUUCAUGUGUGGCUUCUUUUUGUGGAGAAGAAUAUCAUCUAUCCAUUGAUUGUUCUCAACGAACUUAGUAGCAGUGCAGAGACAAUUGCUAGUCCAAAAAAACUGGAUGCAGAAUUUGGUGCAUUAAUGAUCACCAUUGCUGGUCUAAAGUUGCUACGAUCCUCUUUUAGCAGCCCUACAUAUCAGUAUGUCACAGUCAUCUUCACCGUGCUCUUUUUCAAAAUUGACUAUGAAGCUUUUUCAGAGACCAUGCUAUUAGAUCUCUUCUUCAUGUCCAUACUCUUCAGCAAGCUUUGGGAACUCCUUUAUAAAUUGCAGUUUGUGUACACUUACAUUGCCCCAUGGCAAAUUACAUGGGGUUCUGCCUUCCAUGCUUUUGCUCAGCCCUUUGCAGUGCCCCAUUCAGCCAUGUUGUUUGUUCAGGCUGCUGUAUCAGCCUUCUUUUCUACUCCACUAAACCCCUUUCUGGGAAGUGCAAUAUUCAUCACUUCAUAUGUUCGACCUGUGAAAUUCUGGGAGAGAGACUAUAACACAAAACGAGUGGAUCAUUCAAAUACCAGAUUGGCUUCCCAGCUUGAUAGAAAUCCAGGAUCAGAUGACAACAAUCUGAAUUCCAUCUUUUAUGAACAUUUGACCAGAUCCUUACAACACAGUCUCUGUGGUGAUUUGCUCCUGGGACGGUGGGGAAACUACAGUACAGGGGACUGUUUCAUUCUUGCCUCUGACUACCUCAAUGCCUUAGUUCACCUUAUAGAGAUAGGCAAUGGGCUGGUCACUUUCCAGCUGCGGGGACUUGAAUUCAGAGGUACUUACUGUCAACAACGGGAAGUGGAGGCCAUUACCGAGGGCGUUGAGGAAGAUGAAGGAUUUUGCUGUUGUGAACCUGGCCAUAUUCCUCAUGUGCUUUCAUUUAAUGCUGCAUUUAGUCAGCGCUGGCUAGCGUGGGAAGUGAUAGUCACUAAGUAUAUUCUAGAGGGUUAUAGCAUCACUGACAAUAGUGCUGCAUCUAUGCUUCAAGUCUUUGAUCUUCGGAAAGUACUCACCACUUACUAUGUCAAGGGUAUCAUUUAUUAUGUUACAACCUCUUCUAAGCUGGAGGAGUGGCUAGCUAAUGAGACAAUGCAGGAAGGACUGCGUCUGUGUGCAGAUCGAAACUAUGUCGAUGUGGACCCGACAUUUAAUCCAAACAUUGAUGAAGACUAUGACCAUCGAUUAGCAGGCAUAUCCAGGGAGAGUUUCUGUGUGAUUUACCUUAACUGGAUAGAGUACUGCUCUUCCCGAAGAGCAAAGCCACUGGAUGUGGACAAAGAUUCAUCCCUGGUGACUCUUUGUUAUGGACUCUGUGUUCUAGGACGGAGAGCUUUGGGGACUGCAUCCCAUCAUAUGUCCAGUAAUUUAGAGUCAUUCCUCUAUGGAUUGCAUGCCCUAUUUAAGGGAGAUUUCCGUAUUUCUUCAAUUCGAGAUGAAUGGAUCUUUGCUGACAUGGAAUUGCUAAGAAAAGUAGUAGUCCCUGGAAUCCGUAUGUCCAUUAAACUUCACCAGGAUCAUUUCACUUCUCCAGAUGAGUAUGAUGACCCUUCUGUGCUCUAUGAAGCCAUUGUAUCUCAUGAAAAAAACCUUGUAAUAGCCCAUGAAGGGGACCCUGCGUGGCGGAGUGCAGUCCUUGCCAACUCUCCCUCCUUGCUUGCUUUGCGGCAUGUCAUGGAUGACGGCACCAAUGAGUAUAAAAUCAUCAUGCUGAACCGACGCUACCUUAGUUUCAGGGUCAUUAAAGUGAAUAAGGAAUGUGUCCGAGGUCUUUGGGCAGGGCAACAGCAGGAGCUUGUUUUCCUACGCAACCGUAACCCAGAGAGGGGUAGCAUCCAAAAUGCAAAGCAAGCUUUGAGAAACAUGAUAAAUUCAUCUUGUGAUCAGCCUAUUGGCUACCCAAUCUUUGUCUCACCCCUGACAACUUCUUACUCUGAUAGUCAUGAGCAGCUUAAAGAAAUCCUUGGGGGACCUAUCAGCUUGGGAAAUAUCAGAAAUUUUGUAGUGUCAACCUGGCACAGGUUAAGGAAAGGUUGUGGGGCUGGCUGUAACAGUGGUGGCAAUAUUGAAGAUUCUGAUACUGGAGGUGGAACUUCUUGCACGAGUAACAAUGCAACGACUGUCAGUGAUCCUCACAGCAGUGUGUCCCAGGGAGGCACUGGAAAUCCAGGGCAAGGAUCCGGAGCAGGGCUCCAUCCGCCUGUCACAUCCUUUCCUGCAACACUAGGCACGAGCCACAGCUCGCACUCCAUGCAGUCCAGUCUGGUCAGACAGUCCCCCGCUCGGGCCUCAGUCGCCAGCCAGUCAUCUUACUGUUACAGCAGCCGGCAUUCGUCGCUCCGGAUGUCCACCACAGGAUUCGUGCCUUGUCGGCGCUCAUCUACCAGUCAGAUAUCGCUUCGAAACCUACCGUCAUCCAUCCAGUCCCGCCUCUCUAUGGUGAACCAAAUGGAAGCCUCCAGUCAGAGUGGCAUGGCCUGUGUGCAGCACGGCCUACCUUCUUCCAGCAGCUCCAGCCAAAGCAUCCCAGCCUGUAAACACCACACUGUCGUGGGCUUUCUUGGGACUGAUGGAGGGCAGAGCAGUGCCAUGGAUGCACAGCCAGGCAACACCUUAAAUCCUGCCAGUAAUUCACACGCCAAAAAGGGGGAAGUGAUUUACAGGGUCCAGAUUGUGGAUCCCAGUCAAAUUCUGGAUGGGAUCAACCUGUCAAAAAGGAAAGAGCUGCAGUGGCCUGACGAAGGUAUCCGAUUAAAAGCUGGGAGAAACAGCUGGAAAGACUGGAGUCCUCAGGAGGGCAUGGAAGGCCAUGUAAUUCACCGCUGGGUGCCUUGCAGCAGAGAUCCAGGUACUAGAUCCCACAUCGACAAGACAGUACUUCUGGUCCAGAUUGAUGAUAAAUAUGUGACUGUAAUUGAAACUGGGGUACUAGAACUUGGGGCUGAAGUGUGAGCCUGUGUUUUAUAACUUCAUUUCUUUUCCCUCUCAAUUCCAAGACAUUGGGAAAAGAGAGGAGAGAGCAGAAGAUGCCCACAGCUUUGAUCCUGUAUGGAGAGACUUGAAUUUAGAGUGGGCUUGGUCAAGCACCUCUCCUUCGCUCUUCAUCCUGACUCAUGUCACUGUUUCCAUCCCCAAAUAAAGCUGAAAUAUUUUUUUAAGUUAGCUGCUGAGAAAACAUUUUGCAUGAAGGAUGAAAUUCUGUUAAAGUAUGUCCUUAAAAGAAGUUUUUUCCUAUGCAUUGUCUAUGCUUUAAAUCAACAAACUUCAUUUCUAGACUGUGAUCUCAUAUUUUUCUAAUUUCUUUGCCAAAAAUAAUUGCCAUGUUUUGUCAUAGAACAUGAAAUACAUCUCCCUUGAUUUUUAAAAACUGACCAGUGUAGAAACCUUCAGUUCAACAUAUAGCAGUAUAAAAGUUUAAUGUACAGUGAAAGAGACUAUGAACAUAGAUUUAUCUUACUCCUUGAGCGCUAAAAACUUUAAUGAGAAAACUGCACUAAUUUUUUACAAUGCACUAAAGUCUGAGAUUUCUCAGAACAUUUAUUUAUAUAUAAAAAUAAAAUACCAUUAUUUAAAUCGCCUUUGGGAUUAACCCCUUCCCUUCCCUUAUAAACAUACAUAGCAGGAACUGUGCUGCUCAUUUUUCUGUUAGUAGUCUAUACUUCAUACCAAUAUAUUGGAUAUGUUCUUUAAAAUGAAUCCUAAAUCUCAAAAUACAUGUAGAUUCAUCAUUGGCAUUUCCCAUUGCCAAAAGUCACUGUGUCGGUCCUGUGAACACUACUGCCAGCUCCUGUGUCCACGUUUCGGAUGAGCCCCAGCACGGUGUGGGCCCCAGGACUCUGCUUUCCACCAGGGUCAAGCUCUGCUGGGGUCAGUCUGGGAAGAUCCUUUUGCUUUUCAAAGAAGAAGGUGACGUCCAGGAAUUUAAAGAAAGGAUUGAUUGCCUUUUAUUUUAAGAGUUACUAGCUCUUAAAAUUAUUCACAUGCAGUUCAAUCAAGUAAAAUUUUUCAAACAAAAUAAUCCAAGUGGUGCAGUUCUUACUGUUCUAUCCCUUUUGAAUAACUUCACCUUUCAUUUUCCUCCUCUCUUCUUUUUCUAUUACUUUAACUUCAUUUCCUGUAAUUUAUAGUGUGGCUGUAAUUUGAAAUAUUUGUAAGUGUGAAAUUGACUUAAUUCCUAUGUUGUCUCCUAACUUAAAUUUUACUGUUUUUUUUUCUUUUUUUAAGUGCGUGUAUUCAGGGGAAAAUACAGUUCAGAUUUACAAUUGGGCUAUGUGGGAAUUGCAAUUUAGAUUUAAUUUUCAACUUUUAGCAUUUUUUAAAUCCUUCAGAAAACUUUCCCUUUUUGUGUGAAACUCCAAAGAUUGUACAUCUCCUCUGAGCAUUUAGGAGCAGCCAUCUUUCUACCCCCUGUGAGUGGAAAGUAAAAAGAAGCAGGUGAAAUUAAUUUUAAUCAUACAUUUUAUUUAAUUCCAUAUAUCCAAAGUAUUACUAUUUCACUGUGGCACUGGCCAUAUUUCAAGUACUCACUAGCCACCUGAGCCUAGUGGCUACAUUGGACAGCACAGAUUUAAAGUAUCUCUUGAAGAGGUAAUAGGAGAAAAGCUGUUUUUCUUAGUAAUUGUGAUGUGGAUCUUACAGUGUAAUAUAACACCUCAGUAGAAGGAAUGAAAACUAAGAAAGUAAAUAGCUAAUGUACAGCAUCUUACUGCAUUUCCACCCCAAAACCUAUUUAGGUUUCCUUUUUCUGAUGUAAAAUGUCUGUGGUUAUUCAAGACCCAGUGUGCCUCUUAUUGAUGUUUCUAGACCUUACACCUUGCAUAAUUUACUGUUUGAAAACAUUGUCAAAUGAUUUAUUGAACCUUUACACAGUAGUGUCCUUUCCCAACUAAUGGAAAUGUGUUUUCCUGAUACUCUUACAUGUUGUAUUUGCCUCAUUUUGGCAGAUCAGUGUGCCAUUAAGGCUCAGGCUCUUUUCUUUCCUUCUGCAACUGAGCGUACGAUCCAUCUACUUAUCUCUAUCUAUUAUUUAAAAUCUCCUCAAAGGAAUUGUGUUCCCUGCUGCUUGUUCCCUUUCUGAAAUGAGUAUGAUCUUCUCAUAGUCAUUCUAGAUGAGAAGACAGGGGGAGCCUUUUCAGUCUUAAAGGGAAAAUAAUUCAUUUUCCCACACAGAAAAGAAAGAAAAAAAAAGAACUUCGGAUUAUUUAAUUGGAAGGACUAGAAUUAUUUUUAUUCCUUGUCCUUCACCCCUGCCCCCAAUUGUUAAACAUAUCACACACUCUAAAAAGUCAGAUUUCAAAUGUAAGGCAAGAUUUUAUGCUGAACCAUAUAUAUAGGGUCUUGAUUUGGAGUAGCAACUGGACGUUUUUCUCAAAACCAGUUGAAUUUUGUUAUCAGAUAGUCCUUUUGCUAGUGAAUUUAUGAAUAAGGAACCCUAAGAAGAGCUGUUCUUAUUUUUAAAAUCUAAAAUGGAUAGUCUUUUAAAAAUCAUAAUGCUUUUCUAAUAAUCACAUCAGGAGAAACAGUUAAUAAUUGAAAACAAAGAUUCAUGUCUUAAGAAUAAUGUGACCUUAAAUUAUUAUAUAGAAAUAUUCACACUUUAAUUUAUCAUACAUGUCUUUUCCUACCCCUGUUCCCCCUUGGAGAAUAGGGAACAAUUUAUUUAGCUUCCCUGUUUUUUUCAUUAAAUGUACAAGACCCCAGCAUACAUUACUAGCUUUACUUCACAAUUGCCAAAACUUUCAGAGUUCCCUAAUUUGGAAGUAAAAAUAUGUCAUUAAAGCUGGCUUUUCUUUAUUUCCUUUAGAGUUUCAUUGAUAUCUUCCUAGUUUUUUCUUGUUUGAUUUUGUUUUUUUCUUCCUUUUGAGAGAGAGUCCUGGAAUGAGUUAGAAAUUGUUAGGUUUUUUUCCUUACUUGCUCUCAUUCAGUGCAAAAAAUCAUUUUGUAACUCAAAAUCAAUCUUUUGCUUAAUCUUGCAGCUUGUAACUUGCUGUGAGCUUCUUUUUAUACCAUUUUCAGUACUUGAUAAAACUCUAAAUGUUCAUCUUUUUCUAAAGAACUCUAAUUUUACCAAGAGUCUAAAUUAACAUAAGAUGCUGAUAUUUAAGGGGCUUGGGAGAGAGUAGGUGGUGAGGCUGUAUAUUUUUAAGAUAAGAGAAAAUUAAUUAUCUUUCAGGAAGUUAGAGAACAGACUUCAUCCAUGUUCUGCCUUCUUUGAGUUUCCAUUACUAGAAGAUUAACUUCCAUUAGAUUUGAAGUAUUUUUUAAAAUGUUUCAGGUAUAUCUGAGAUGCUUCUUUUAAUCCUUGAAAAAGAAGUAGUCAGACAAUAUUUCUGUCCUGGUGAGAUAUGGAAAAUUACUCUGUACCAAAUGUCAGACAAUGAAAAUGCAAGUAAGAAUAUAUAUAGGAAACUACUGCUCAUUAAAAAGAUGUGUUUUUCUUGUUGGGUUGGUUUAUUUUUCCAUCUCAUACCAAAAUGUAAAACACAGCCUCAAAUUCAAGCAAGGGUAACUUAGCCUUAAUAAAUUCCACUUUGCUUCUAAGCAGCAUCCUUCUGUCUCUGCUUAGAAAUUCUUCAUGUUGGAUUGCUGCCUUGAGUCAUUCAUCUAGAACUGGGUCUUAAACUUAUGAUUUGCUGAGAGUCUAAAAUUCUUUUAGUUAACUUUCAAAAAUCUUUUCUCCUAUAUAUAUGAGUUGAGAAAAAGGUAAUUUCGAAUUUUGUAUGAGAAUUCUUUAUAUUUGUUUACUAGCUACUAAACCAUAAACUGCUGCCCAGAUUGUUAAUUUACUCUUAUGUUUAUUUUCAUCACUUUUUCAUGAACAUGUGUAAAACUCCCACCUUUCUAAGUCCUCAGUAUUGAUACUUACUCUUUUUUGUAGGGUAAUAUAAUCAGGUAAAAUUACUUAGGACACAGACCCAGUCAAUUUUUUCCUUUAAUAGGAUGCAUUGUUCAGAUGAGGUAUAAAACAUCCAUUCUCUUCUAGAGGCUUUUCCCUCAGUUCUAAGAUGAGUGGAGAGAAUGGUGUCAGUCAAGGCUAAGAUGAUGCUUGGAACCAGUGAAUGGCCUUUGAACUUUCUGUUUCACUGUUAUGUGGAAAUUGAGUUUUAUUGAAUUGGACACAGAGGAAGGUUGGAUACUAACCAUGAAUUUGUGCAGCAUAAAUUUUAAUAUUAUGUUAGAUAUGUAUAGUUGUUUUAAAUUAACUCUUUAAAAACCAGCCUCUCUUUGUUUUUCUCUCUUUUUUAAAAAAAUCUGGUUGAUAAACACCCAGGCCUUUUCAUUUUUAACCUGUGAAAUAUUUAGGUAAGAACUGUGAUUGGAAAGGAAUUAAUUAUUAUACAAAUAGAUCUGGUAGGUAUGUGAGUGGAGUAUUAAUUUUGCUUGAAACAGAAGUACAUUUUCUGCUUUGAGUCACCUCACCAGAGUCGUCUGUCAAGAAUUACCUGUAAUAAGAAUUUCUCUUUAUUACCUGUCAGCCACAUAUUCUUUCUGAAUUAGAGUAAGUAAGUUCUCUUUGUGAGAUGAACUUCAUCAUUUGCCAUUUUUGUGGAAGCAACGUAACAGUCUUUGGGCGAACCAGAGCUGAUUGUCAUCUCAAGGUUAUAUGACAGCUCUGCUCUAAUACUUAUACCUAUUAUAUAGGGUUAUACCUUGUUUGUUAUGACUCAGCUCUGUAUCUGACAAUUUAUGAUUGAGUGGAACCAAGGUAGAAGGAACAGAGGCCGCCUAAGGUAGUGAUAAGGAUGAAUCCCUGGGUGUUACUUGCACAGAAGAGGUGACACCCUGGAACACCCUAACAGAUGAGAUGGCUGCUCCAGAUGACUCUUGGGUUUAGUGUAAUUGUGGUUAAACCAGUAUUUUUUAUAUAUGAAGCUUGAUUAUACAACCAAAAUAAUAGAAAUGGGGAAACCAUGUCUGCUUAUGCUUUUUAAAAGCUUAUAGUUCAAGUAAAAAUAAAUUGUGAAAACUGAUGACCUUAACCCUAUGUAAGUCUGGCAAUGAGCUCUGCAUGAGGAAAUGAAAGGAAUAAUACUAAAAAUGAUUCAGGAAGGUAGGUGUGAGGAAGGAAAAUGGGUCUCCCUUUUUUUCUGAUCAUGGGCUGUGAAAGUAUUCAUUGCCUCUACCAGCAUUCAGUAUAUAAACCAGAGAUAAGAAUAUAUGUACUCGCGUGGGUCUGUGAGUGUGUGUGUGUGUCUGAGUGUUUGUUAUUCUAAACAGCUUGUAAAUAUUGUAGUUCAAAAUGGAAAAUAAAAGCCGAUAUUGUUUUUUUUUCUUUGCAAAUAUAUUGCAUCAGAAAUACAGUAUUGACAAUGGACAAAACACUGAGGAAAUAAAUUUGUUUUUCAUUUUGC